CGCGGCCGCACGGAAGUCCCGGGAGACGUGGGAGGGGGCGCGCGGGCGCAGCAGACAUGGCGGUCGUCCUGCGCGCGCUGGCGGCGGCGGCGAGGCUGGGGGUCGGCGCGCGGGGCCUGUGCAGCCAGCCGGUGUCGGUGAACGAGCGCAUCGAGAGCAAGCGCCGCGCCGCGCUCCUGGGAGGCGGCCAGCACCGCAUCGAUGCACAGCACAAGCGGGGAAAGCUAACGGCCAGGGAGCGGAUCAGUCUCUUGCUAGACCCUGAAAGUUUUGUUGAGAGCGACAUGUUUGUGGAACACAGGUGUGCGGACUUUGGGAUGGCCGCUGAUAAGAAUAAGUUUCCUGGAGACAGUGUGGUCACUGGCCGCGGCCGGAUCAACGGAAGAUUGGUGUAUGUCUUCAGCCAGGAUUUUACAGUGUUUGGAGGCAGCCUAUCAGGAGCACAUGCUCAAAAGAUCUGUAAAAUCAUGGACCAGGCCAUGACUGUGGGGGCUCCGGUGAUCGGGCUGAAUGACUCCGGGGGCGCCCGGAUCCAGGAGGGGGUGGAGUCCUUGGCAGGCUACGCCGACAUCUUUCUGAGGAAUGUCAUGGCGUCCGGAGUCGUCCCUCAGAUCUCCCUGAUCAUGGGCCCGUGUGCCGGGGGCGCCGUCUACUCUCCGGCCCUCACAGAUUUCACGUUCAUGGUAAAGGACACCUCCUACCUCUUCAUCACCGGCCCUGACGUUGUGAAGUCUGUCACCAACGAGAAUGUCACCCAGGAGGAACUCGGUGGUGCCAGGACCCAUACCACCAUGUCAGGCGUGGCGCACAGAGCUUUUGAGAACGACAUCGAUGCAUUGUGCAACCUCCGGGAGUUCUUCAACUACCUGCCGCUCAGCAGUCAGGACCCGGCUCCCAUCCGCGAGUGCCACGACCCCAGUGACCGUCUGGUUCCCGAGCUUGACACCAUUGUCCCUUUGGAGUCUACCAAAGCCUAUGACAUGGUGGACAUCAUACACUCCGUGGUUGACGAGCGGGAGUUUUUUGAGAUCAUGCCCAAUUAUGCCAAGAACAUCAUUGUUGGUUUUGCAAGAAUGAACGGGCGGACUGUCGGAAUCGUCGGCAACCAACCCAAGGUGGCGUCAGGGUGCUUGGACAUCAACUCGUCUGUGAAAGGUGCUCGCUUUGUCCGCUUCUGUGACGCCUUCAACAUCCCUCUCAUCACCUUUGUCGAUGUCCCCGGAUUUCUGCCUGGCACAGCCCAGGAGUACGGGGGCAUCAUCCGCCAUGGUGCCAAGCUUCUCUACGCGUUCGCCGAGGCCACUGUCCCCAAGGUCACUGUCAUCACCAGGAAGGCCUAUGGCGGUGCCUAUGACGUCAUGAGCUCCAAGCACCUCUGCGGCGACACCAACUAUGCCUGGCCCACAGCAGAGAUCGCGGUUAUGGGCGCGAAGGGAGCGGUGGAGAUCAUCUUCAAAGGGCACCAGAACGUGGAGGCGGCCCAGGCGGAGUACGUGGAGAAGUUUGCCAACCCUUUCCCCGCGGCCGUGAGAGGAUUCGUGGACGACAUCAUCCAGCCAUCCUCCACGCGAGCCCAGAUCUGCCGUGACCUGGAUGUCUUGGCCAGCAAGAAAGUCCAACGCCCUUGGAGGAAACACGCAAACAUCCCUUUGUGAACAGAUGAAAGAGAGAAAAAUCAAACCAACCAACCAGGGCCUAAUCACUUCCCGGCCAUUUGUACUGAAGCACCUUUUGCAAUCAUGAAACCUGAGAUAAAUACAGCAAUAGCUCGAAUGGCUAAAUAUUAAAUUCUAAGAAUAUUUCA